GUCUAUGCUAUUCUCUUUUAGGGGGGGGGGGAGUUGGCAUUUCUACAAAACUAAUCAAGGCUGCAGCGGGAUGUAAGUCGUUGCUCUGGUUUACAAAAGAGCGGAUUGUGAUGGUGGGGCUGAGGCUCAAUAAACAGCUUGUGUCUUGGCGGUUGUGAGCAGGUGUACGCUUCUGGAUACAUUCAAAGGCAAUUCUCAGUGUUAAUGAAACUUUGCUACGAUUUACGGGCUGGGAUUGCUGUACACCAUGCUAAGGUAAAGCCGCUGAAGAGAGGGGUGUUGAACAUGCUAAAGCGGCUGGACAAAAUCAGGUUCAGAGGUCAGAAGCGAGACGACUUCCUGGAUCUAGCAGAGUCCCCCAACGGAUCCGACAAUGAAUGUGGCGAUGACAUCCUGCUGAGGACGAGGCCUUCACUCAAGACACAAGACACGGAAGAACUAGGAGACCCUGCGGGUUCGGGGGCUCUCAACAUGGCCGCAGCCUUUCAAGACUUCCAGAGGAGCGAGUCGGACCGGCUAAAUGAGGUGAAGGGUCAUCUAGAGAUUGCCUUACUGGAGAAACACUUCCUACAAGAGGAGUUGAGGAAGCUACGAGAGGAAACAAAUGUGGAGAAGAUAAAGGAAGAGCUGGAGAGGGAGAGAGGGAAGAGGCUCGACCUCGAACUGAGAAUGAACGAGGUGCUAAAAUCCAGGUUGGAAGACUCGCCGCCACAGCCUGCCCGUAAACCCCCGUCUCCAACGCCCGCUGCCAAUGGCAAAGACACAGACAAAGAGAAGCCGCCGCAGGGGGAGACCCUGUACUUGCGGGCGUGGAGGUGGCUCUAUGACAGGUUGGGGGUCUACAUCGAAGACUUCCGCUUCGUCCCGGAGGAGAACACUGUGGAGGCUGAGGAACCGCUAAGCGCUAAAAGGCUAACAGAAAACAUGAGGCGACUCAAGCGAGGAGCCAGACCUGUCACUAACUUCAUGAGGAACCUCUCCGCCUUAUCCAACUGGCACUCCGUGUACACCUCAGCUAUUUCCUUCAUAAUCUACAUGAAUGCUGCGUGGCAUGGUUGGGCCAUCCCCAUGCUCCUCUUCUUGGCCAUCCUGAGGCUCUCCUUGAAUUACCUCAUUGCUAAAGGUUGGAGGAUUCAGUGGAGCAUUGUGCCGGACAUUACGGAUCCUAUAGAACCGUCAAAGGAUGAUUUGACUGUGUCUGAAAAGUUCCAGUUAGUGCUUGAUGUUGCACAAAAAGCCCAGAACCUUUUUGGUAAGAUGGCGGAUGUUUUGGAGAAAAUAAAAAACCUAUUCAUGUGGGUGCAGCCUGAGAUCACUCAGAAGCUCUACAUCAGCCUGUGGGUUACCUUUCUCUCCUCCUGCAUACUGCCCUAUAAACUCGUGGGCUUCAUGAUUGGGCUGUAUGCAGGGAUCAAGUUCUUCAUCAUAGACUUCUUGUUUAAGAGCUGUCCCAAGCUGAGGGACAAAUAUGACACCCCUCACAUCGACUGGAACAACCUACCAACUGAUCCACAGUUGAAGGAGAGGACCAACGCUACAAUGUCUCGACGGAUUCAGCCUGUGGUGGCUAGAGGUAGCCUAGCAACCGUCCCGUGCGGUGUAAACCUGGAUGCUGACAGCGCCAGGAUUCAUAGCACCAAGAAGGGAGCCUUUCAUGAGAUCUUCAACGUCUCAGAGAAUGAGCGCCCUCUACCAGUGUGUGAGAAUGGGUGGCGGUGCUGCCUCAUCAACAGAGACAGGAAGAUGCCAACGGACUACAUACGAAACGGCAUGCUCUAUGUUACAGAGAAUUAUCUGUGCUUCGAGAGCUCCAGUUCCAAAUCGGCCUCCUCCAAGAAGAAUAAGGUCAUUAAGCUGGCGGACAUCACAGAUAUCCAGAAGUACAAAGUGCUGUCUGUCUUACCGGGGUCAGGAAUGGGAAUCUCCAUCGCCACUCCCUCCACACAGAAGCCUCUGGUGUUCGGUGCCAUGAUCCAUCGAGACGAGGCCUUCGAGGCGAUUUUCACCCAGUACAUGAAGAUCACAACCACCUCCAGACAACCCUUGGGCAGCCCUGAGCUGUAACCCUGAGCUGUAACCCUGCUAUCCCCGUGGAAAGAGGCCUGGGCUGGGGUCAGGGCUGGGCCACCUACCCCUGAACCCUCCCUGGCUGGAGAAAAGACAAUUGGGGGAAGUGAUUGGACACACCUCUUCUCCUCCCUCUCUUAUUUACAGUGACUGGACAAUCUUCUUUUAUGACUGGGAGGUGUCUGGUGUGUGCGCUCGCCCCUCUGUCUGGUGUGUGCGCUCGCCCCUCUGUCUGGUGUGUGCGCUCGCCCUUCUGUCUGGUGUGUGUGAGCUCGCCCCUCUGUCUGGUGUGUGUGCGCUCGCCCCUCUGUCUGGUGUGUGUGCGCUCGCCCCUCUGUCUGGUGUGUGUGCGCUCGCCCCUCUGUCUGGUGUGUGUGCGCUCGCCCCUCUUUCUGGUGUGUGUGCGCUCGCCCUCUGUCUGGUGUGUGUGCGCUCGCCCCUCUGUCUGGUGUGUGUGCGCUCGCCCCUCUGUCUGGUGUGUGUGCGCUCGCCCCUCUGUCUGGUGUGUGUGCGCUCGCCCCUCUGUCUGGUGUGUGUGGAGGUGGGACUUAUAGUCCAAUAGGGAUGGUGAACACAUUCCAACACUGUACGAAGAAGGGGGGGGUCAUUAUUUUUAACACAGACUUCUCAUCAUAGGGGAAGGAGCUGGCUCUCCUGCCUGCCUGCCUGCCAGCUUUCAUUUGCUUCAGAGAGAUGUGUGUGCGAGCUGCCAAGACAUCGUGCGUCUGCUCACCUGUCUUCUCUCUUUCUCGUGAAGUCUUGAGUCAGUGUUACUGUUACUGCUGGUCUUGCACGGAACCGUACGGUAGCGAGAUGUUUGUGUGGAAGACACAAAGCUGUGAACAUCGAGCUAGCACCGGAAACAACGUUCAACACGACAAGAAGCCUUUUCCAUCCGUUUCCAUCGCUGCUGUAGGUUUUCCUUAGAGACGCUCGCGCACAUUUCAGCAACAAACCGUCUGCUUUCAGGUGUCUGUUUGCAUAUGACGGAUGUGUUGUACGUUCAACCCUCACUACUGAACUGUACUGUGUGUCACGCACAGCGGCCAUGAUGUUCGCUGUGAAACGUUUUCAAACGCCUUUCUUUUGAAUUCCGCUUAUUUUUCUAAUAACCAAUUCGAAUGAUGAGGAACUGGACUUAGUUAAAGGCAGGUCCUGGAUCUGUGGAUUGUGUUAUAAAAGUAAAGCACAUGCCCUGUUAGAGUCAUAGCAGACCUAAACCCUGAAUAAUGUGUCGAAACUGAAGGUACGUAGUUUAAAUGUAACAUUGCUGGUUCAGUGAACUACACUUGUGUGCUGAGUAACCCCGAGGCCUAAAAGAUUAGUUAAUGCCUUGGCUUUAGCCUAGUAGACUAACACAUUCUUAAGGUGCGUACUGUAGGUCACAUAAACAUACUAAUGAUUUUGCAUUGUCUCAAGGCCCAGUACCUGUUACUUCAGUAUUUAGUGACAUGUUUCGGUAUAGUAAUACUAUGGUAGUUUUUAACGGUAAUACCAACCUGUAGUAUUAACACUGGAGUGGUCAGAUGUGUACAAUGUGCUGUCCUGUUCAGGCGUAAAUUUCAACUUGGUUAACUUGACUAGUAACUAGUUAAUUCGUCCAGGAGUUGUCAGUAUUUCAAUGCAAGUCGAGGCAGUCAACUGGCUUGGUUCCGUAGUAUUCAUUCACAGCAGGAUGAAGUAGUUUGAACGGAAUAUUACAAUGUCACUUUAUCAUUGUCACCGGUGUGGGUUUGAAAGCUGGUCUUUUAUUUCUCAGAUAGGUUUGAUAUGUAGAAUUGUCAUGAAUGCCAAACCCAGUGGAUGUGGACACCUUUCUGUGUUUUGUAAAAUGGCUGGAAGAGUUAUUGUGGACAUCUGGGCAUAUUUCUGGUCUAUCGUUUGCUUCAAAUGAGAGAGUAGAUUACACUAUGCUCUCAGAUCCUUUUUUUUUUUUUGCCUCUCAGCACAACAAGCUAGUCCCCUAAAAAGCAUUCAUCUUCCCACACUGUUAACAAGCCCGUAUGAACUGUGUCAGUUAUUGUCUUAUGACUGGGUGUGAAAUGUAAUUUCUAUAGAUUGUCUAAGGAACUCAUGCUGUUAGUGUGUUGAUAUGAAUGAUUGUCUGACUUCACGUUACUGUAGUCUUAAUGCUUACCUGGAACCUUUUAGUCGAGUAGUAACCACGAACUUUUGAAAUCAGGGUCUGUCCUAAAAGAAGCACACAGAAUGUAUUGUGUUACUGCUGUAAACUCCUAGUUUUUUAUUUUUUGUUGUUGCCAAAACCUUGUUUGUUUUUUUUCUUCUUUUCACUGCUGCUUUUACUGCUGCCAUGUUCUGCCAACACCUACAUGUUUACUGAAGGUUGGGUUAAAAGACAGAGUUAAUUUUUUUUUUUUUUUUCGGUUUGGAAUGCCGGUUUGAGCUCCUUGCCCACAGGUGGAGUCAUGAAGACUGGAUAGAUAUCUUCCGCUUGCGUUUUUGAGUUGGUGUGUCAACUGUCAGCUUUUUAAAAACCUGCUCAGACUGGUCUCAGGACAACCUCUGCUGCUCAGCUUCAUCCCAACGGCGAACGUGACCCUGAUCUGUCUUUCUAAUACUUUAAUAGCUAAAGCUAAAGUUUAGCUGUUCUGUUGAGUUUGUUGUCAUAGCAUAUACUGUGUACAUGUACUGAGUAGCAUGGUGAUGGAAAAAGUCCAAGGAGUUGGAUCCAUGCAUCUAGUGACAGACCUGGGACCAGGCUAACAGUAGGUAGACGGUGACAGCCGAGAACAUUCUAGACAGAUUAUAUACACACUGCAACAACAAAAAUGUCAGUGAUCGUUCAUAGGGUAGUGCUGUGCGGUACAUGGUACAAUCAUGAUAAACGUUUAGCUGUUUUUGGAUCACUCACAGGCCUUCCUUACAGGCAGCAGAGGUCGUCAUGGUGACUCUGAGAGCUGCUGUUCACUGGUUUCUAUUGGUCUCCUUCUGUGCGUCUCAUUGUUAACCAAGUAUUAGUUCUAACUAAAUGUAAACGUUAGUCAAUUACUUCAUGAUAUUCCAGUACAGUUAUAUCACUGCGAAGUUCAAUAUACUGCAAUCAUCUGACAGUUGUGGGUAAUUAUGUCAUCUGUGUGUCCGAGGACUAAAAUGACGAAAGAGGAAUUUAUAUACAAUAACGUAAUCCUUUGCGUUUUUAAAGAAGACUAUGUCUAUUGUAAAAUAUGUGAUGUACAUUUUUUUAUUUAAAUAAAAUGAAGUAUUUCCCA